AUGGUAAAAGCAAACCGUGUUGAUCAAAUUCUCGAGAUCACAAACCCUAAACAGUGGAGGCACGUCAAAACUGAUGAGAACCCGGCAGAUGCUCUAUCAAGAGGGUUGACUCCAAAGCAAUUGCAAUAUUGUGAACAGUGGUGGCAAGGUCCAAAUUGGUUGUCCGAGGAUUCAGGCGAUUGGUUAAGAGCGUCCAUUUUAUUGACAAAUGAAGAGUCGCUGCCCGAAAAAAAACCUAUUCGUCUAGCAUUGAUCGCAGUGGAGCCCACGAGAGACCUACUGAAUUAUUCCUCAGUCUGGCAUAAGUUAGUUCGAGCAGCUGCCUGGUUAUUAAAGUUCAUUGAGUUUAGAAGAUCGAAAAACGCCGGUGCAUUAUCAAAUUAUCUUGAUGUAGCAGAUUUAAGAAGGGCUGAAAAUGGAUUAGUUAAGCGAGCACAGCUGGACAAGUUCAGAGAAGAGCUUCAUGCAUUGAAAGCAGGAAAAGAAGUCUCACGCAGCAGCAAACUGAAGUCUUUGUACCCGAUACUUCGAGACGACAAUUUGAUCUUAGUGGGAGGCAGACUAAACCACGCAAAAUUGACUGAAGAACAAAGGCACCCAAUGAUUUUGCCAUCAGAUCACAAGGUAACUAGAUUAAUUUUUGAAGAUACGCACAAAAGGCUUCUACACUGUGGUCCACAACAACUAUUAGCAAGUGUAAGGCAGCGGUACUGGCCUUUGAGAGGAAGAGUCAUGGCCCGCUCCGUAACAACAAGAUGUGUCACAUGCAUCCGUGCAAGACCCACAUUCUCGCCCCCUCUUAUGGCAGCAUUACCGAAGGCACGAGUACGCCCUUCCAGACCAUUCACUGUGAGUGGGGUUGAUUUUGCAGGUCCGCUAGUUGUUCGCAGUGGAAUUCGGCGCAUCACUGGCGUAAAGACAUGGGUGGCGGUUUUUAUAUGCUUUUCCACCAGAGCAAUACAUUUGGAAGCUGUAGUGGGUUUAACAAGUGGAGCCUUUAUAGCAGCACUACGUCGCUUUAUGUCAUGGCGUGGAAAGUGUUCAACAAUAUACAGUGACAACGGAACAAACUUUGUUGGGGCUCAGAAAGAAUUAAAUUCAUAUAUUCAGAAUUGUGACUCACAGUUGGCUCGUGAAGGGAUCGAGUGGAAGUUCAACCCUCCGUCAGCUCCGCAUUUUGGAGGUCUCUGGAAGAGCGCUGUUAAGAGCACCAAAUACCAUUUGAAUCGUAUAUUAAAGGACAGCCGUCUUAAUUUGGAAGAGCUAAACACGUUAUUAUGUCAAAUAGAAAGCUGCGUAAAUUCAAGGCCAAUAACUCCACUAAAUAGCGAUCCUUCAGAGCCAGAAGCUCUGACUCCAGGGCAUUUCUUAGUAGGGGGGCAAUUACUAUUGCUCCCAGAGCCGAACACAGAUAGUGGUCCGAUAGAACAUUUACGCCGCUGGAAGUAUGUGCAAGCAUUGAUGAAAGACUUCUGGAAUCGCUGGUAUAAAGAAUAUUUACCACAACUUCAGGUACGAGGAAGAUGGGUAGCAAGAAAGGCAACUUUGCGAGUAGGAGAUGUAGUUAUAAUUAAGGAGGACUGCACUCCGCCCAGCAAAUGGAAACUAGGCAUUAUAACAACUGUGCACCCAGGGAAGGACGAGGUGGUACGUGUAGUAACAGUUCGCACAUCGAACGGUACUGAAUUAAAAAGGCCUGUGGUUAAAUUAUGUAGGUUACCUGUGCUAGAAGAUACACCAGUUGUUGAAAAAGAUGAUUUUCAACGGGGGGAGGAUGUCGCCGCCACGACGGUAGAUGAGCCGUAG